AUGGCGGACAAAGAGAAGAAGAAGAAGGAGAGCAUCUUGGACCUGUCCAAGUACAUCGACAAGACGAUCCGGGUGAAGUUUCAGGGAGGCCGAGAAGCCAGUGGAAUCCUGAAAGGGUUCGACCCCCUCCUCAACCUCGUGCUUGACGGCACCAUCGAAUACAUGAGAGCAUCUCGAGGCAGCCCGCUGACCCCAGGCCGCAUCCCACCCUUUGAGCUUCCCGGCCACGGGCAGCCCAGGCUUCGGAGCAAGGUGGUCCGUCUCCAUGGCAACAUCCUCAGCACAGGUGGCUGUAACCCUAGCAACCAGGCGGCGGCGGCUGCGGCUCAGUCGGUCCGGGCGGCCCCGCGCCGCAGCCGCGCGGUGUCUCCGCGGAGCCGUCCGAAGCUGAAAUGGGCCAAGAAGGACCAAGGGGCUGCCUGGGGGGCUUCAGCUGCCAAGAUGCUGAAAAUAGGCCCCUGGCACAUGGGAGGCAGCCGAGCAGAAGGCCCUGGGCAGCUGCCGUCCAGCCGCCAGCUGGCCACCUGCUCCCUCCCUAACCCCAGUGCCGGGGUCUGA